AUGUCAUCAGAUUGGAUUGAUGAUGCUAAAGAAUUUAUUUGUCUGUACUAUAAUUUUCUUGUAACAAUUAAGAAAGAUAUAUACAAGUUUUAUCACCCAGAUGCCGUUAUUAAAACUUCUUUCUCAGAACAUCAAAUUCCAGUUUCAAAACAACUAUUUCAUCAAAUUGGAAUUCCUCCUGAUUCAGAAUUAAAUAUUCUGAAAUAUUCAAUAGUUCCGUUCAAUGAAUUUUGCAAUAUUACUGUAAUUUUCAACAUUAAAUAUAACGACCAUUCAUAUUUUGGGUCACAAUGUUUUACAUUAAACAAAGUUGAUGAUAGAAUAUACAUAGUUGCUGAUUAUCAAAAUUACCAAUCACCUCCUGAGUACCCAUUGACCGAAUUUUUCCCAUAUCAAAAAAUUCCACUUAAAAACAAGAAACAAAAAGCAAAUAAGUAUUCCAACGAAAACCCUAAUACUAAUUCGACCGCUUAA